AGUAGAAAGGAAUCAAGAUGUCUACUUUGUGUUCGUCUCCUUCUCAAGGGGUGGGUCGUCAUUAUUCUGAGUUCGAUCAUAAAGUGACAGUCACCGCUUUCUCCCACGUCUUGCGUACGAGGUAAACCUGUGCCAUACUGUCGGGGGUUUACGCUCUUCAUUGGGCUACUACGAGCCAGAGGCAGGACGCAUGCGUGCUGACUUGGAGCAGCCGGUCGGAGAAAAAACCCUAAUGUGCCAUCGGAUGUAAUCAAGGCAAAGAAUUUCCUUUUCUCGCUGUGCAUACAUGGUGAAUUUCCCAUGGGAUCAGAGCGGAUGGAGAUGCGAAAGAGGCAGAUGUCGGUGCAGCAGGAGACGGUAGCAGGGGGAACUGCACCGGCCCAGCAGGGCCAGGCGGGCCAGGCCAACCCACGGGCUUCAAACGCAUGCUGCUUCUGUUGGUGUUGCUGCUGUAGCUGUUCUUGGAAUGAAGACCACGAUGACAGGAAUCGUAAGGCCUCCUAUGACAUCAAGGAAGGGACCUCAGACUGUGAAGAAUGCCCCAAGCCUACGUUGGAGGAGGUGCACUCGUGGGCGCAGUCGUUUGAUAAGCUGAUGUGCUGCCCAGCAGGGAGGAACUCCUUCAGACAGUUUCUACGCACAGAGUUCAGCGAGGAGAACAUGCUCUUCUGGUUAGCCUGCGAGGAACUCAGCCAAGAGACCAACAAGAGUGUGGUGGAGGAAAAGGCACGGGUCGUAUAUGAGGACUACAUCUCCAUCCUGUCACCAAAGGAGGUGAGCCUCGACUCCCGUGUGCGCGAGGCGAUCAACAGGAACAUGCUGGAACCCACGACCCACACCUUUGACGACGCCCAGCUGCAGAUCUACACACUAAUGCAAAGAGACUCGUAUCCUCGCUACAUGAACUCCUCGGCCUACAAAAACCUGCUCAACACGCUGUCGGAGCAGUCCCCUGAAUCUUAGGGUGGUGAUGACCUGUGAUCUUUUUAACUCUCUAUCCCACCCAUUUCUUACCCCUCCACUCCCCCUUUUAACAUUUCUGUUGUAUGUGCAGUGUAGGAUGACAUGAACCGGGCCUCGGGCCAGGCCCCUCCCAGGGAUCUCAGUUUUGUUGUGAUCUGCACCUGACCGACGACACUCAGGUCUCAAAAACAAAUCUCCUGAGGGCUUGAAAUCACAAGUACUGCUACGGAUCAACAUAGCAAAACACUCCAAAGGAAUAUGAUACGUUUAGCUUCUGAUUUGUUUGUUUUUCUUCUUUCUUUUGAUAGAAAUAAUAUAUUUUAUUGUGUUCAGAUUUUUUUUUUAUGGUCCAUUGUCUUUGUAUGAUUAUUUGUUGGAGGGAAAUAUAAUUCCUUCUGUAGACUAUAUAUACACCAGUAUGUAAAUAAUACAAAUGGAAUUGUGGGUAUUUUAUGUGGAAACGCCUGGUUCUAUCAACUGCGUAUGAAAAUCAAAGCUCAAGUCAAAGGCUACGUGUUAGCCCUACUUGCAGGCAGCUUUGUGGGGUACUGUACCAGUCUCUGUUUUAUUUAGUUCCUAACCUCACACCACCGUACGCACGCCGUUGACCUGGCAACUCCUGUCUCUGCCGAACACGAGUUUGAUUGGUUUUACUACAGAUGUGGUCAAAGUCACAAAGAGACCACAGCUCUGGUCACAGUGUGUGUGUGUGUGGUUUUGUUUGUUUGUUUGUUUUCUUCAGAAUCUCAUGUUAAUAGUUUAGAAAAGGGUCCAAAUCUAAGACGACUGCCUGUUUCAGAAACUAUGUACCACAUUUUUAUUCAACUCACUGCCCAGCUCAAAGGAUUAACAUCAUUGUGACAUAAGAAGUAUAACUAUUUAACAGAUGAAGUAUUUUAUUUAUUGAUAUUUAUUGCCAAUGAAGAAGAAACGAGUGUAGAGAAGAUAUAAGAGCUGUGGGAGAGAGGAAUGAAGAUGACAAUGAUUUACACAUCUGUAAGUCACUGAUCACUGGGAAGUAAUAUGUGAUUAUAAUAUAAUAAUGUGUGAAUAUGUGACUGGUUAUGAACAUGGGGGGGGGGGCCGCACUGUGGAGGAGUGGUUGCUGCACUUGCCUUACAGCAACAGCAUUACCAGUUUGGCUAAAGACAAUGGAUUUUUGGUGUGAAGUUUGUUUGUUCACCCCGUUUGUUUGUAGGUGAUUUGGUGGAAGCAUGCACAGAGGAGAAGAGAUUGAGGACGCAUUUUAAAUGAUGCUUUGGUUUGGUUUGGGUCAUGAUUGGUUUCAUGAUUGAAAACAUAACAAAUGAUUUGUUUGGAAAUGAAAAUACGCUGAUUUAAACAUUUCAUUUCAUCCACCACCUAAUAUUCUUUGUGUUCAGAAGCAAAUUCAUCAUUAGUUGUUGGAUAAACAGACGGAGGGAAGAACAGGGACCAAGGACCAUUUACAGACAUGCUCACACCUGUGAACAGAACAUGAAUUAGAUCCCAAUACCAGAAUCCUCCGGGACACUCAGACUUGUACUUUCCCAUUCUUUCCAUGAUGAUCUGAACUGCCAGGCUAACAGAACCUGGUCUAGCGUAUAAUCACAGACUGGAGCCUAAAACUGUGUUAUUUUUUAAAUAGUUAAAGGGAAUUCAUUUAAUUUUCUUUAUUAAAGGUUAUAGUUUUUGAGUUUAACUUUAAUAAUGUGUACAUUCGCUGAAGGACUGACUUGGCAAUGCACUAAUAACUAGUGGAAAUAUCACAUUUCAACUGUCUUUAAUCGGUGUAGUUUAUCAAACGUGCUCUUUACAGAAAAUGUGAACGAGCAGACUGUAGGGUUAUCACUGUAAACUGUGUGAGAGUGACACUGACUGAUUGCGGGUUGUAUUCCCACAGAGUUGACUCCAAAAUGGCCUGAUUGUUGGAGAGGAACACCGGGGUGAGGCCGGGUUAGCAGCAACACCAAAGCUAUCAUGUAAACUGUGUUCACGUGUUUAUCGCCAGCUUUUCUUUGGAGUAGAACUGGAGAUGCCAAGUGUUCAACACCUUUAUGUAUUCUGAUACAUACAGUUGUACUGCGAUGCCUCACGAACAUGUCACUCAAAGACAAGAUCCUCACACGGGGAAGUGCCUUGACAUUCAGUUGUACAACAUCUUUCUCACGGGCGAUGGUUGUUUUCAGACGCUCGCUGUAAUAGGAAGGCUACUGGAACAUGACGCCGAGACCAGAUCGUCCCUCUCAUUGGCCAAAAUAGUGCAUGUUUGUUGUCUCGACUCUGGAGUCACCACUAGAUCAGUCCGUUGUGGUAGUCAAGGGGUUGAUGAGAAUAUUUCUUUGAUUUUAGAGGACAGGAAUCAGUGGAUAGAGCUGGUUGAUCUGAACAUUUCUGCCAGUGUGGUGGCAUCACGGUGUGAUCAGGACUUGUCUUGGAGUUAGUUUGAGUUUACUACAGUAUGUGCAAUUUGGGUUGGGAUUUGGCUACGAUGAGCAGAUCAACCUCAGAAAUACUGUCUAAGCCAAUGGUUUGGAGCAAUGCCUAUAAAUAUUGUUUUUCUUUUUUCUCUUUUCUUCUGUUUACUAUAUAAAAAAUGUGUUAUUUUGCGCGGGUUUACUCAAGAAUACGUUUGAAAAACAAAUGUGAAUGUUUACAGUAUAUGGUUUUGUUUUGGGGUUUUUUUUUCUGCU